CGGGGGCCGCCCGGGGCCCCCUCCCCCGGGCUGGGGACGCGCCGCCGCUGAUCGGGCCUGGGCGCUCGGCGCAGACGACGCGCCGCCGCUGCCGCCUCGGCCCGGGCCGCGGGGACGCACGGGACGGGACGCACGCGGCGCGCACCGGCCCCGCAGGCUUAACUGCUGUUUAAAUUGCAUCAAUGGAGCAUUUCCAGGGAGCUUGGAAGACUAUCAGUAAUGGUUUUGGAUUCAAAGAUUCAGUCUUUGAUGGCUCUGGCUGUAUUUCUCCUACUCUUGUCCAGCAGUUUGGUUAUCAGCGCCGGGCAUCAGAUGACGGCAAACUUACAGAUUCCUCCAAAACAAGUAACACUAUCCGAGUUUUCUUGCCAAACAAGCAAAGGACCGUGGUUAAUGUUCGAAAUGGAAUGACCUUGCAUGACUGCCUUAUGAAAGCUCUUAAAGUGAGAGGUCUCCAGCCAGAGUGUUGUGCAGUUUUUAGGCUUCUCCAUGAACACAAAGGGAAAAAAACACGUUUAGAUUGGAAUACUGAUGCAGCCUCUUUAGUUGGAGAAGAACUUCAAGUAGAUUUCCUGGAUCAUGUUCCCCUCACAACACACAAUUUUGCUCGAAAAACUUUCCUGAAGCUUGCCUUCUGUGAUAUCUGUCAGAAGUUCCUGCUGAAUGGGUUUCGAUGUCAGACAUGUGGCUACAAGUUUCAUGAACACUGUAGCACUAAGGUCCCCACCAUGUGUGUGGAUUGGAGUAACAUCAGACAGCUCUUAUUGUUUCCAAAUUCCAAUGUUGGUGAUAGUGGUGUACCAGCACUACCUCCCCUAACAAUGCGUCGGAUGCGAGAGUCUGUUUCUCAGAUCCCCAUUAGUUCCCAACACAGGUAUUCCACGCCCCAUGCCUUCACAUUCAGCACGUCACCGCCGUCCUCCGAGGGCUCCCUUUCCCAGAGGCAGAGAUCUACGUCUACCCCGAAUGUCCAUAUGGUCAGCACCACCAUGCCAGUGGAUAGUCGGAUUAUAGAGAAUAGCAGCCUGAACACUUCUCCCAGGGCAUGGUGCAGACGGUCAUGUUUGAGGGCAAGAGAUGCAAUUCGAAGUCACAGUGAAUCAGCCUCACCUUCAGCUCUGUCCAGUAGUCCAAACAACCUGAGUCCAACUGGCUGGUCUCAGUCCAAAACCCCUGUUCCAGCACACAGAGAAAGAGCCCCGGCAUCCGGUACACAAGAGAAAAAUAAAAUUAGGCCACGUGGACAGAGAGAUUCGAGUUAUUACUGGGAAAUAGAAGCCAGUGAAGUCAUGCUAUCAACCAGAAUAGGGUCAGGUUCAUUUGGGACAGUGUACAAGGGGAAAUGGCAUGGAGACGUUGCUGUGAAGAUAUUAAAGGUCAUUGAUCCAACCCCAGAACAGUUUCAGGCUUUCAGGAACGAAGUGGCCGUCUUAAGAAAAACCAGGCAUGUUAACAUUCUUUUGUUCAUGGGCUAUAUGACUAAAGAUAACCUGGCAAUUGUGACACAGUGGUGUGAGGGGAGCAGUCUUUAUAAACACCUCCAUGUCCAGGAGACCAAAUUUCAGAUGUUCCAGCUUAUCGAUAUUGCCCGGCAGACAGCACAAGGAAUGGAUUAUUUACAUGCAAAGAACAUCAUCCACAGAGACAUGAAAUCAAAUAAUAUAUUUCUUCAUGAAGGUUUGACAGUGAAAAUAGGAGACUUUGGUUUGGCAACAGUAAAAUCUAGAUGGAGUGGCUCUCAACAAGUGGAACAGCCAACAGGUUCCAUUCUCUGGAUGGCUCCAGAAGUUAUCCGCAUGCAGGACAACAAUCCAUUCAGCUUUCAAUCAGAUGUCUAUUCCUACGGCAUUGUGCUAUAUGAACUAAUGACAGGGGAGCUACCAUAUUCGCACAUCAACAACCGAGAUCAGAUUAUAUUCAUGGUUGGUCGAGGGUACGCAUCUCCAGAUCUCAGUAAGCUCUACAAGAAUUGCCCCAAAGCUAUGAAGAGGCUUGUAGCAGAUUGUGUGAAGAAAGUUAAGGAAGAAAGACCUCUUUUUCCACAGAUAUUGUCUUCCAUUGAAUUACUACAACAUUCUUUACCGAAAAUCAACCGCAGUGCUUCCGAACCAUCUCUACACCGUGCAGCCCACACAGAGGACAUAAACUCAUGCACAUUGACAUCCACAAGACUCCCGGUUUUCUAGGCAUAUCUUGCACCAUUGUCCCCAACAGGAAAGUCCCCAAAGUUCUGCUUUUCUUACCUUAAUCAAUGAGAUGAAUUUUUUUUUUUCUUCAGAGAAAGCUGCUAAAGAUUUCUACAAUUCAAGUACUACAGGGACAUCACUCCAUGUUGCCUUUUUCUACCGUUUGUUUGCCCAGUGAGAUGUUUUCCACUCAUUUUGUGUCAUGUGUCAUAACGGUGUAAUUUUACCAAUAAUUAACAGACACGAUGCAAUACAAGCCAGAGUUUUUAAAAUAGAUGCCCUUGAGCCUUAUUUUCCUCUACAGAGGUGGCUGUGUUUAUUUGGCAAUAUUUUCUCUUGAUCAUUUUUGUUGGAUCAAUUAGUAUUUUUAUAGUAAGAAUGGCUAAAAUUCUUUGGGGGGGAUCCUGAAAAGUUCCAGUCCUAGAGGAUGUUUCCGGGAAAAGAUGGCAGUCCAACUCCAGAGAAAAGGGGAUAAUGAAUUCUGGAUACAAGUUCCUACAAUGAGUGUUAAUCAUGCCAAGGAAUUUUAAUUCUUUUAAAAGAUGGCAAGUUACCAGAUAGUUUUGCACAUAGAAAACAAUCAUGCGAAGGAAGAAUAAACUGUUCUCCAUAAUACUGUUCUCCAAUGGGGGCCAUACAUACAGCCUUGCUGCAAUUACUGACCUAAGGAGCGAUACCCUGGUACUUAACGGACCCAAUGAGAUACCCACUUGUGCAGCGAUGGGCUUGAUUGAGGAAUUGCUGUGCUCCUCUCAGCAAGCAGAGUGACCUACCAAUUGGAAGCUGUCUUCCAGGAGAUGCACUAUAUGAGGUAUGCAUUCAAAAAGAUUGGUCUUUCAUUUGUAUCUUGGCCCCCAAAAAAAGAAUCCCUUUGUCAUGUUGCUUUACAGUCGUACCUCGUAUAACAAGGAAACUGAAUAUAUACAGUUUUUCUUGAUGGUUUGGGUUUUGUUUUUAUUGCUCCUGAGAAAAUGAAUUUAUUGUAAGCCAUGGUUCUAGUGAUUUAUCUUAUUUUAAUAAAAUAAGUUAAAUUUA